AUGGCCUCCAAACUCCAGGGCCUCAAGGUCCUCCAAACGCCCUACAAAACGAUUGCCCACCACGAAAUCCGCACCGACGUCCUCGUCCCCGAAACGCCACUGUCCGGCAAACGACCCGUCAUCGUGCGCUUCCACGGCGGCGGCCUCGUCAUGGGCGACUCGCUCUACUUGCCCUUCUACCCCCAGUGGCUGACGGACCUCGCCCUCGCCCACGGCGCCAUCAUCAUCUCCCCCAACUACCGCCUCCUCCCGGAAGCCACGACGCCCCAGAUCUUCCAAGACGUAGCCGACUUCUGGGCCUACAUCCACUCGCCCUCGCUCGCCUCUCUCCUCUCCUCGCAGUCGCCCCCCGUCGAGGCCGACCUCGCCCGCGUCCUCGUGACCGGCGACUCGGCCGGCGGCCUCCUCUGCCUAAGCACCGCGCUCACGUACCCGCGCGACGUGAGGGUCGCCGUCGCCACGUACCCCCUCGUCGACCCGGGCGCGCCAGAGUUCACAACGCCCCGUGAGAACCCGCCGCUGGGGAAGAGCGUCCCGGAGUCGGUGUACGACGACGCGCUUGCCGCGGCGGAGGGCGGGCCGGCAGAGAGCUCGGUGACGUCCGCUGCGAGAUUGGACUUUAUGCUGGCGGCCACGCAGCACGGCCGGCUGGGCGGCUUGUACGCGCGCGGGCUGGAGGGCGCGGCGCCCGCCGAGAGGAGGGUGUAUUUCCCGCCGGAGGCGCUCGAGGCCGAGGGCGUGAGGCUUCCGGUGGGGGGCGUCACGAUACUGCAGGGGAGGGACGACAGCGUCGUGCCCGUGGAGUCGGUGAGGCGGUUUGUGAGGCGUGCGAGGGAGGUCGUUGGUGAUGAGGGGGUGCGUUUGGCAGAGACGGAUGGCGAGCAUGGAUUUGAUGUCGCCUUGCGGUAUGACGGGUGGCUGAAGGGCGAGCUGAAGAGGGCAGUCGACUCAUGGUUGGAGUGA